AUGAGACCCCUGGUUCAGACGCAAUGCAGCUCUCCUGUCGAUAUCACUGAUGUCUAUGAAAUGUUCAAUGCCACAUUCCCGGCCGACCAGCUCCAACCUUCGUCUAAACAAACCUUCGCCUCUAGCCUAUCUCAAGUCGUCAACAUAACGAGCUACAAGACGUUUUCUCCCGUGGUGCAUUUCGUAAAUCUCACUAAGACUGCCAGUCAACCACUGACGGGAGCGCUAGUCGGCAUGAAUUUCAGUGAUGCGAGGAAUCUCUCAUUCCAUCAUGACGAGGCUGUUGGACUCAUGGCAUGUACCCUGACUGCCCACUGGGUUCCAACGACCACGUCGAUAGACCCAAGCGUUGGCAAUGUCGUUAUACCAGACUACCCGAAUCCGUUAGACAUAGUCAAUUCCCUAGGGCUCAUGGGGCGUGCUCGCCUGAUAGACAUUCAACGCAGUUACACUCACAGUGUGAAUACGCGGCUUGAAGGUCUCCAUUUCAACGUCUUGGAGUACGAGCUUAGUCGGUUUGGUAUCAAGCCAGACCCUUCAUUUCGAUGGGUCAUGGAAGCACCAGUGGUCAUGGGUAGCAGCUACCCCGCUGUCCAUGCAAAUGACCGAUGCGUUAGCCCGGAUCAACACAGAGACAACGAUGGAAAAUCCACAGUCACGAAUCUUGCCAAUCAAAAUGUGCCAAACCAAAACAUCAAGACAGGGGCUACAGAAGCAGAUUGGGCCAGCGACAUCGUAACUCAUCCAGACUUGUACAUGCCGGUCAGCUGGACCGUCCAGCGAUACGGCUACGGUUGGAGCCUGAAGGGGGCCACGGCGAUCCUGGGUGCUGUUGUCCUUCUGGUCCAGGCAUCCCUGACUAUCGUAUACCUCGUAGCCGUCAUCCUUGGGAGAUGGCAAUUUCGAGGAUGGGAUUGCCUAUAG